AGCAAAACUCCCUUGGCAGCUGAGCGUGACUCUGGCGUCCAGAAGGAGAGCUUUGGCAUGAAGUCCCUCCUAAUGUCUGCGUGGCUCCCCCAGCUUGGGUGACACCUGGCUGACUGGGAGCAGAGCAACGGUGUGACAGCCGAGGGGAGCUGGGGGCGCUGAGGGGAGGAGCCCUGGUGUCCACUGCGGAGGCCGGAGGGACACGCCCUGCUGCUUAUGCCGGCGUGGCUCUGCCAGAAGGAAACGGGGGCCCGACCUUCGCCAGGGGCCCAGCUGGCACAGCAUGGAGCGCUCAAGCAAGAUGGAGUUCUUCCAGAAGCUGGGCUACAGCCGGGAGGAUGUGGUCAGGGUGCUGGGCAAACUGGGUGAGGGCGCCCUGGUCAAUGAUGUGCUGCAGGAGCUGAUCCAGACCGGCAGUCGCCCCGGGGCCCAGGAGGGCAGCGCUGCGCCCCUGCUCGUUCCCAGGGGCUCCUGCGCCACCCUGCACCCUGCCCAGCGUGGGCUGGCGGCAGAGCUGGAAGACGACUGCGGAGGCCCAGCCGGUUCCUUGCGACCCAUAGUGAUCGACGGCAGCAACGUGGCAAUGAGCCAUGGAAACAAAGAAGUCUUCUCUUGCCGGGGAAUCCAGCUGGCUGUGGACUGGUUCAGGGACAGAGGACACACCUACAUCAAGGUUUUUGUUCCAUCCUGGAGGAAAGACCCACCAAGAUCCGACACCCCUAUUAGAGAGCAGCACGUGCUGGAGGAGCUGGAGAGGCAGGCAGUGCUCGUCUACACCCCGUCCCGCAAGGUCAAUGGCAAGCGGGUGGUCUGCUAUGACGACCGCUACAUUGUGAAGGUGGCCUACGAGCAGGAUGGUGUCAUCGUCUCCAACGACAAUUACCGUGACCUUCAGAGCGAGAACCCCGAGUGGAAGUGGUUCAUCGAGCAAAGGCUGCUCAUGUUCUCCUUCGUCAACGAUCGGUUCAUGCCUCCUGAUGACCCCUUGGGCCGCCGGGGACCCACCCUGAGCAACUUCCUGAGCAGGAUGCCAAAGCCCCCAGAGCCCUCCUGGCAGCACUGCCCCUACGGCAAGAAGUGCACCUACGGCGUCAAGUGCAAGUUCUUCCACCCCGAGAGGCCGCGCGCGGCGCCGCUGGCGGUGGCCGACGAGCUGCGCGCGCAGACGCGGGCGGGGCGGGGCCCGGGCGCGCGCAGCCUGCCCCCCCCGCGGCCCGCGCCCGACGCCGCGGCGCUCGAAGGCCGCUUCUCGCGGCUCGCGCUCGGCGGCGACCCGGGGCUCGGCGCGGCGCCCCCUGCGGACGCCGGCCCCGCGCCCCGGCCGCUCGGGGGGCGCUGCCCCGGGGCCGCGCACGCCGACCUGCCGCCCCAGCGCUGGCGGGCCUCCGAGGCGCGCGCCCCCCCGCCGGCGGCCGGCCGGUUCGCGGGCCGCUCGGCCUGGGCGGAAGGCGGCUGGGGCGACGGCGCCUUCGGGGGGCGCGGGGCCCCGGCCGCCGCCCCCGGCGCGGGGGAGGCGCGCGCGCGGGCGCGCAGGGCGCUCUGCGGCCUCUUCCCGCCGCAGCAGGUGGACAGCGUCAUGGCCCUGUUCCCCGCGCUCUCCGACGUCGCCAGGCUCAUCCUGCUCAUCCAGAAAUUCCAGAGGUCGGGGGCGCCCGUGGGGAAGUCCUGAGAGCUCGUCCUUGCCACCGCCGGGGAUGUCGCAGCCUCGCCCGGCCACGUGGGCCGGCGGCCGGGUGGACGCCUGCACCUGGGGCGCAGCCCCUGCACUGUGCACCCCCUUUUCUUUAAAGACGGUCGGGGGGCCAGCUUCCUCGGCCUCAGCCUGCCCGUGGUGGCACCUGAUGGCCCUCGCGGACACUGCGGGGCUUGCCGCUGCAGCUCCAGGUCCUGCAGAGUAGGGCCGGCCCCUUCCGUGGGCGGAGUGGUCUCUCCUGUCUGGAAGACCCCUCGGCCCCUGACAGCCCCAAGGGUUUGUCCAGAACACUCCAUGGCUGUUUUGUCAAGCUGCAGCGGGGAUCCACGAGGGGGUCACAAGAUCAGUGUAAUGGGUCACGCCAGAAAGAGCGGCAGAGGAAUCCCAGAGCCCACUGCACGUCACCAAGCGAAGCGUGAGACUCCUGCGUGCUAGCUCCGUGCGUGUGCCCCCGUGUGCCCUGGCUAGCCAUGCAAACUGAAUGCGGGUCACGGGCAAACAUCUGAAAAAUCCUGGUAAAUGGCCUUCAAUUGCAUUGCAUCGAAUCACCUUUGAACUAUUGUAGUGAGUUGCCUGAUGGAGGUUGUGGCAUCGGGAGGUUUCCAUAGGAGACCCUGUUUCUUACCUCAUGAGGGAGACCUAGAAUUCCAGCCUUGAUGUGUGGGCUCCACUUGUCACUCUGAAAUUGUGUGGUGGUGCUGGUCUGUGGAGGUGGGGCAGGGGCCCGUUGUCCUGAGGGUCUGCCCCUGGGGUCUUCACCCCUACACACACACACACACACACACACACACUUCUUGACUCAGGCUAAGCAUCCCAUGUUUUUCAGCCGUCCAUCAGGGCAUUCCCCAGCACAGGUCCUCUGCGGGCUGCGCUUUCUAAGCCACACCUCGCACGUGAGCCAAGGCCAGUGAAGGCACAGUCAGGACUUGUGCCCAGAAGCCUCGAGGUGGGUCUCUGAAGAGCUGGGGGGAGCCUCAGUCAGGAGGUUUAUUGCUGCCUUCCACCCCUGCUGUUUCUUCCAUCCAGCUCCUGCUUUCAGCUUUGGGGAGGCAGGACCCAGCCAUUUGCAGCUGGCAGGAAAUGAGACUGUGCUUCCAGAGUGUGGACCCUCCGUCCUCAGGGGGCCCUGGCGUCCCUAGCAGGCAUCCACCAUUUCCUCAGGGUUACAAGUCCAGUUGUGUGUAGGUCUUGGCUCCUUUGUUCAUCAUGGCCUUUGGUGGCUGGGCCAUCAGGGAGAGUGUGAGGCACCUCCCAGUGGGAAACCAGCUCCCAACCCCCAAAGGCUUCCUGCAGGCUGGUGAGUGCAAAUGGGAUUCUCUGUGUCACUGUGCAUUGUUGGCACAGACCAGGGUGCAGCCCUGGGACAGCCCGCUCCCAGCCCUCUAAUUCACCGUAACUGCUGCCAGUGGAGAUGUGGGGACCUUGUGUCUCCCUGUGACCCCUUUCAUCUUUUUAAAACCAGCUCCUUAGCUGCUUCAGCCAGAUCUGUUGUCACCUCUUUUUUCUCAAAGAAGACAUUGCACCCACGGUUGUAUCUUAUUAUUUUGGGACAUCAGUCCUGAAGAGAACUCACUCUUUCUAGAUAAUCUGGAUUUCCCUCAUGGUGUUUUUGUUUUUGUUUUUGUUUUCUUUUCUUUUGGUGAGACUAGUUUUAUUUAGAGCUGCUUUGGUCUCUCUGAUCUGUCUCCUGAUGUGGAAUCGUCGCACUGCCGAUGUACAGUUGGAAAUGUUUAAACUGCUUCCUUUGAGGACAAGUUUGAGUUGUAGUAAGCUGUAAAGCUAUUUUAUUUGGUUCACUGUGAUGGAGACAAGCACAAAAACAAGUGAAGAGACAGCACAUUUCAGUGUAAUCCCCUUUGGAAUUUUUUCCAAAGUCUCGGUAUGUCUUUAUGACACAAAACAUGGAUGGACAGGUGAAUGAAAUGUUCCUGGUUUCGUAACUGUUACCAUGAUCCAAAAAUAAAUCACUUUGAUCACA